GUCGUUUGUCAUUAAACGAGCAGACAUUGAGUUCCAUUUUUAGAAGUGGGCAAAGGACAUCGUCAAGAAAAUCAAAAAAGCAGUGAACGAUAAGAAUAUCAGCUGAUUAAUCAAGAGAAUACUUAAGCAAAAGUAAACAAAGCAAUGACUGACAAUGACGACGUUAAUAUUUUACUCAACUCAAACACGGCUCAAGGUCAUUCCAGCAAAUUUUGGAAUUUUAAAUUGGAACCGGCUUUGAUGUUUAUGUUCUUUGGAUACAAUUUGGCACAAUCAAUUGUUCCAAAUCAAUUAUUAAAGGAUACUUGUUUGAUGUACGGUUAUAAUGUGUCAGAGUGUUCUCGAUUAGGUGCAAAUAAUGACACGAAAUAUAUUGAAGAGAAGAUUCAACCUCAUGUCGCCGAAAUCAUGAUGAUAAAUACACUUUUAAAUUCAAUAAUCCCAGCAGUUUUGAGUUUAUUUCUCGGACCAUGGAGUGACAAGUUCGGAAGGAAGAAAGUUUUCUGUGCAACUUUUAUUGGAUUUUCAUUGACACUUGUCGCACUUUGUAUCAUUUCGAUGAUUUCUGAUAAAUUAACAGUGAUCAAUCCUUGGGUUUACACAUUUGCUUAUAUUCCUUUAAUAAUUACCGGUGGCUGGCCAACAAUGAUAGUGUCAAUUCUUUGUUAUGUUACGGAUUUAACAACUGAAGUCAAUCGAUCAGUGCGAUUAACAUUAAUCGAACUUUUAAUUUUUGUUGGCGUUUUAUUUGGAACAGCAUCAAGUAGUUACAUCUUGACUCUCACUUCACCAACCACAGUCUUCUUAAUAUCAACGAUUAUUGUGAUAAUUUCAACAAUCUACUCAAUUGUGUAUGUUGAUGAGUCAGUGCAAGAAGUUGAAACAACUUCAAAAUGUAAUCAAAUCCAGGAAUUAAUUUCAUACGCACCAGUUAUUGAAAUGCUCAAAACUUGCUUUAAAAGGAGAUUAUUUAAAGAAAGAAGAAUCCUUUGGUGCCUUAUAAUGAUUCUUGUCUUUUUGAUAUUCUCAAUGAAUGGAUCUAGUGGCGUCUUCUACCUCUUCGUUCGGGAACAAUUUCAAUGGACUUUAAAGGAAGCAACACUUUUCGAUUCUGUAACAAUGUUGAUAUCAAUUAUAGGAUGUACCGUUGGUCUCGUGUUGUUCAAGAAUCUUUUGAAACUCUCAGACUUAACUGUUGCAAUCAUCGCUAUCAUAAGUGGAACUAUUGAUACAUUAGUGAGAGCAUUUGCACAGACACCAAAUAUUAUGUACAUAUCAGCAGUUGUUUGCCUUUUUAAAGUCAUUUGUUUGCCUAUGUGUCGUUCGAUGAUUGCAUCAAUAAUUCCAACAAAUGAAAUUGGAAAAGUUUACAGUAUCACAAGUUCCUUUGAAGCGGUUUCAAGUUUGAUUGCUUCUCCACUUUACACUUACAUUUAUACACAAACUUUUACCACUUUCGCCGGUGCUUUUUAUCUUUUGACUGCUGGCGUUUACAUUGUGAACUUUGGACUUAUAAUUUGUGUCAUGAAAAUGAAGAAAACAAGAGAAGUGCUUUUGAAUCCGUACACACCAAUCAACAGUUGAUUGAACGAAUAAUGUUGCACAUUUGAUCAUUCAAUCUACAUGUCUUGUGUACACAAUUUCUAUUUAUUUCUAUUACAAAUUUUGAAAAUGAUAUUAAAGAUAUUUUAUGGAUUUUAAUUAAUUUUCUCUUUUUCUGAUUAUUGAUUUAUCUUC